AGGUCUUGGAUCUCCUCCAUUGUGCAGCUGCAGGGGCUUGACCCGUCUUUGGAUGUGGCCCAAUUCGUGCAAACCUCAACUUUUGAAGUUGCAAGUCUUGACCUAAUUUAUUUGAAUGUGCUGGCAGAUCUUGUGAAAGAUCAUAACCAGAGCUCCUCGAAGGCCGGGCAGCUGGUGGGAUCAAAGGCCCAAGCGGUCAAAAAUAUUCUCCACUCGUUGCCGCAACCUGUCAAGAAGCUCCUCGUUGACUAUACCGUAGAGGUGGGCUAUGAGGCAACGCCUUGGCAGGAUGACUGCUUGGGCUCGAAAAAGUGGUUACCAGGCUACGCGUUCCGAUCCCAGGGAGGACCCGCCUCUUCUGGAACCCAUUCAGUUUGGCAGAGUCGUGGCAAAGUCACGGAUGAAAGUGUUGAGCUGUUUGUGAAGACAUUGAUUUGUCACAGCCGCAAGAUGCCAGCAGGAAUGAAGACCAAGCUUCAGAGGGUUCAGUGGGACCGCAUCGCAGAGGAGGCCGCUUGUGUUGUGCACAUGGCAGAAGAAGUGCUUGCCAUCAUGCCUGUCAGCGACACGGCUUUGUAUGAGUCGUGGCACCAAAAAUACAUUGAGGGUGACCAGACUGUGACCGUGGAGGUCCAGUCAGCGAUUUUGGCACGCUCAGCUGGGAACGUGCGAGACAUCGCUACGCUCAACUCCUUGAUGACCCAGCACGCUGCAAUUUGCCCAGUUCCGAAGAAGGAUGUGGUUGGAAUGCAGCAGCUUGAGCGUGACUCAUUUGACCUUGUGAUGAGACAGCUUCCCUACGAUGUCCAGGCAUUGCGGGUUGCCAUGGCCAAGCGUGCAACGUGGGAGUCGAGUGUCUACCAUGUCAAGCUCCAACACAAAGUGCAGCGCCAUGAGACCAGUGUCACAGCUGCGAAGUGGUUCUUAGAGAACUUUUGCACGGUCAUCACAGCAGAGACGUCAGAUGAGAUGCUUCGGGCGUUCAAUGUGCAUCGCCAGUCUGUGAUCAACCGGUUGCGGUUGGAUGCCAAUGGGUGUGCUAACUUUGUCUUCAUCAACUGGCUGGCCCCUUCCACGCUGAAAAGCUCAAGUCAGCAGGCCCAAACCCAAUUUGCAUCGCACUGCAUCUUGGCAUCUGAGCAGCACUUUGGGGCGGUGCUCAUGCCCAUCUUCACCUACAAAAAGGGCCAACUAUGGAUGCUUGAGACAGCAACUCUCCGUGCCCUAGCGAUGUCUGGAUUGAAUGUGGAUUCUGCUUGGCAUUUGUGCUUUCAGAAGAAGGCUGAUGCGCGGGAUGGUCGCCCAUGCACUUUUCCAGGGAGGCUGCUCUUGCACCCCGGGGCCAAGGAGAAGCAAGUCUGGUCUGGCACUUCCCUGGUCAAGAAUGGCCGGACCGGUGAAGCGGACAUGCUACAUGCACGGGACAUGUGCCAGGUUGAAGAUGUCCGUGCUGACGCUCUCCCUACGACGGUCGAUGAUGACAACGCUACGGUGCAGGGAGCGCAGAAGUACCAACAGAUUGGAGUCAGCGCUUGCACCAAGAUUUUGGACGCCGUGUUGGAGGGGAUUGCUGUGGAGAGCAACGCUGCCCUCUUUCUGAUUGACCUGAAUCCUGGGGUUGGAAACCUUUUCGAUGCCUUUGUGGCCAAGCGAGGCACCGUGAAUUUCAACCUCCAGUACGUUGCCAUGAUGCAGGAUCAAAUUGCCGCUGAAUGGUUCAAUGAAACGAAGGUCCAAUGGUUGGCAUCUGGUCACAUGGAAGGGAACAUCCAGAUCCCAGGGCACAAUGUUGGCGCUGUGGACUGCCCGGCAGACUUGUUGGAAGCAGAGCCAGCUCCGCCCAAGCUCAACUUGAUGAAGGCUCGCCCUGAUCUCUUCCCAGAAGUUCCUGCUACAUUGGUGAGCCAAUGGGUGAACCACGAGCUAGGCACAGAGUUGCAGCAGUUCCUGAAUGAGAUUCAUGAAGAAUUUGGCCCCACUCCAGAGCUGAAGACUGCCACCGCGAAACAGUCCGAGGGCGAGGGUCAGGGUCAGACCGACGGUGACACUGUCACUGGGAACGCAGGGGGAAAGGAUCCAAAGAAGAGGAAGACUCCUGGCACCAACUCAGCGUCGAAAAGGCCAAAAGUUGAUCGCUCCAAGAUUUGCCCCAGCUCUGACAUGAACUUGGAUGCGGACAAGCUUUGCACAUGCCCAAUGUUGAACAAAGGCAGUCACAUCUCUGUGCACAUCCAAAAGAGCAAGGAUUCAGGCGCUGACAAUGUUGCCAGCCAAGUGAACUUGGCAAGUCUUUUGCCUGCAGAGGCAUGGACCAGUUUCUUGGCCUUGUUCUUUCAUUUUCUGAUGCGCCAAAAAGGCACCACUGUUUCAAGUUCAGUGUCAUUGUGUCAUGAGGCACUGAAAAGGCACCAGUUGCCAGGCCUAUGUUGUAAGUCAGUAAGGUCAUUGCUCGAUGAUCGCCUACAGUGUGAAGUGGUCUGCCUCAGGGCUUGCACCUAUCCGCCCGCAAGUUGUGCUGACAUCCGAUGUGGAGCUACCUCCUGGCAGAUGCCUGUCUUUGUUCUGAGCCGGAUCCUUUUACUUGCUGUGCCAUAG